GUCCUGUUGAUCUCAGACAUCGUGCUGCGUCUUUUUCCAGCUGAAGUGAGGUUCGGGGGGUGGCAACCAAAUGGACCACAGUGUACUUAACACCAUUCUGUGAUUCUGUAUCAACACAUUUUAAAUCCCGGAUCCAAGCGAGAGUAAUUGUGAUCUCUCAUCAAUACUGGAGGUGGAGAACCUCCAUUGACAUGGGAUUGGGAUUACAGCGACAAAUUUAGAUUAUGAAUGGGGUGAGCUCAUCACGCCAAUAGUUGACAGUAAAUGCAAGUGGAGGUGAAAGCAAAAAAAAGACGCGUGUUGUCCGGGUGACUGAGCUGUGGUGAUUCUGAAUGGUUAAAACUCUAAUGGCCGAGAGUGGAAAGGGCUAACUCGAAAUCCAGAGGCUGGCUGUACGUGGGUGACUGCUGUCGCGUUUCCCUUUACUGUCGGUUUCGAUUUUACAUGUUGCCACUUCCUGAAAGCGCCUGGCUGAUGGUGCACUGUGAGCGGAGAGCGCUGCACCGACUGUAAUGCGAAGGUUUCCCCCGAGACCAGCUCCGGGAGCAUCUAAGUCAAUGAGGAAAGAUAGUUGGUGAAUCUAUGUGCUUUGACUUCAUGGAAGGUUUUGGUUCUUCAUUUAACAUCCAAUUCUGCUGGACCUUCUGGGCUUAUCCAGCAAUAUCUAUUUUUGUUUAUCAAGCAAUAUAACUGAUGGCCUCCGAAGAUAGCUAUGGUGUCAAAUCAAGCGUAUUCAUUCGUCAAGAUAGUUCCAGCACAUCACUCUCUCUAGGCUUUGACCCAUAUCAAGAUGGAUUAAAUCUUCAGUUUGUUGAACCAUUAGAAAAUAGGUACAAAUGUGUCACUUGUUCAUUUGUACUUUGCAAUCCAUACCAGACUGGAUGUGGACAUCGAUUUUGUGAAAAUUGCAUUGCAGAAUUAAUAGAGACUAAACCUAUUGCUAUUUGUCCCAUUGAUCAUGAAAAGAUUAUUACAAAUUGGAUAUUUAGAGAUAAUUGUUGCAAGAGGGAAGUAUGGAAUUUGAUGGUGUACUGUAAAAAUUCACCAGCCUGCAUUGUAAAAACAUCAUUUGGACGUUUAGGGGAUCACCUUAAAAAAUGCGAGUUUGAAACUGUAGCGUGUGUCAAUGGUUGUGAUGCUGUCUUACUUAGAAAAGAUUUAACAGGCCAUUUACAAACAGUAUGUGAAUAUAGAGAAGAAGCCUGCCAAUAUUGCAAAGUGAAACUGAUCUUUAAAAACAUAAAGGAGCAUGAAGCAGUUGCAUGUCCAAAUUAUCCGAUCCAAUGUACGUACAAUUGUGGUGAAAGUUUAUUAAGAAAUGAGCUUGACACACACUUGAUGGAAUGUCCAGAAGCUGAAGUGGAAUGUAGCUACAAAAAAUAUGGUUGCCAAGUCAGGGAAAAGCGGCGGAUGAUAAGGGAACACGAAUAUUCUAAUUUAAAUGAACAUUUGUUGCUCGUUGUUAAAAUCAAUACUAAAUUAGAAGAACAGAUUUUAGAUCUAAAAAACAUUUUAUGUGAAAGGAAUCAAGCCAUCACUCAAUUACAAGAACAGAUCAGCAAACUUGACAUUGAGAUGAAACAAUUAAAUGGGCACAUUUCCAGAAAUGAUGACGAAGUUGCAAAGACACAGAAAAUGCUAGCUGGGCAUACUGACAAAAUAAUAAGCAUUGAGCAGCAAUCACAACAACUUGGUCGAAGAUUCAGUGAAGAAGGGAAAAGUGAAAUCUCAGCCCUAAAGGAAAUCAUCAAAGUAUUAAAAGAAAAAGUGGAAUGUGCUGAAAAUAGCAUUGCAUCAUUAGCCACUUUUGAACCCUGCCUGAAGCAACAUGAAUCAUUACUAAAUGCUCAUAAGAAGCUUCUGGAGAAGAAUAAUGAAAGAUUUCGAGUUAUUGAAGCUACUGGCUACAAUGGUAAACUGAUUUGGAAGAUCAACAAUUACAGAGCAAGGAAGCAGGAAGCAGCAGAGGGACGUACUCCUUCUCUUUUCAGCCAGCCCUUUUACACUAGUCGCUGUGGAUAUAGGUUAUGUGCUAGAGCAUACUUGAACGGAGAUGGCACAGGCAAAGGAACACACUUAUCGUUGUUUUUUGUGGUUAUGAAAGGUGAUUAUGACUCUCUCUUGGUGUGGCCAUUCAAGCAAAAAGUCACCCUCUUACUGCUUGACCAGGGUCCAAAGAAAAACCAUAUUGUAGAACUCUUUAAAGCUGAUGCCAGCAGCACUAGCUUUCAAAGACCAACUUCUGAAAUGAAUAUUGCAUCUGGAUGUCCAAAGUUUGUGUCUCACACUAUGCUUGAAAGUGGGAAAACCGCAACAUUUAUCAAAGAUGAUACAUUAUUUAUCAAAGUUGUUGUAGAUUUAUCUGAUCUUGAAGAUCUAUAAAAGGAUUUCCAAAAAUUUAUAGCUAUUUAUGUAAUUCAGGGAAGACAUUUGCACAAUAAUUGAAGAAGUUAAUCUACAUUUUUCACUAUUGAGAACUAGGAAUGAUUAGAAGUUAUAUUUGUAAUUUUUGUGAAUAUUUCUAUUUUUGUAUUAAACACUCAUUCG